GGCCUUUUUUGACGCGGGAAGCGGCGGAGAAAGCCUCACCGCGAAGCCUCAGCCCCGUUAGGAGCCUGUAGGACCCAUAUGUGCAUGCACAACUUCACAACCCUACUCAAAAAGACAGCACUUCGGUCCUCCUCAGGCUGUCCCAAAUCCGUUGUCUUGCUGUUAGCGUCCAUUCCGGUUGAAAAGUUGGGAAUUUGACACGAAUUCGCGGUCUGCAAUAAGAAUUAGUGGGACAAGUGCACUACGAAAAGAAGCUCUCGGUCCGAGUCGAUAAACAUCAACCAUCUGAAGGCACGAGCGAGGAGGGUGGCUCUUCUGUUUGCUUGGAAAGCCCUUCCGAAAUAUGUGGGCGUUCACGAGCAAAGAACGAGCGAACGAUGUGCUCGUAAAGAUCAUGCUCCUGGGCGACUCGGGCGUCGGCAAGUCACAGAUAUUCCAGCGCAUAUUACGGCGACCCUUCAGCGAGCGGCAUAAGCCGACUGUUGGGAUUGAUUUUGGGACUAUGACCUUGAAAAUUGCGUCGGAGCGGAUAUUGAAGGCGCAGGUCGUCGACACUUCAGGUUUAGAUCGAUACCGUUCAAUCACCCAAUCUUACUGGAGCUUGGCGACCGGCGUGAUGGUGGUGUACGAUAUCACGAGCAAAGAGUCCUUCCAGCGUGUGCGGACGUGGGUACGGGAUUUCCAAAGCAAGCACACCAACAAGGCAUUCCAGCCGGUCAUCAUGAUCGUAGGCAACCACUCCGACAAAGAGUCGCUUCGUGAGGUCCCACGGCACGAAGCGCAAGCCUAUGCCCUAGCCAACACCUUCCUGUUCAGCGAAACUUCAGCUUUCACAAACACCAACAUAGAUCUCGCAUUCAACAUCCUUCUAACGGAAGCUUACUACGCCCUGGCCGCCGUCACAAACCAGAAAGCCCCACAGUCAACAUCCGCGCCCUCAUCGGCGACUUCAUCACCCACGAAGCCGUCCACGAACAACGGGCUGUCGCCGCUGAUUGCUGGCAAAUGGCGGCCACAGCCACGGACGUCGUCACUCGAAGAGGGGGGAUCGCUGGGGCUGGGAAGAUCGCUGUCGGCAGCGUCGGCGUCGAUGCCGUCCCUGGCGCCGCGGCAUAGGUCGUUUGAUGAGCGGGUAUUGGAUGUGGUUGGGUGGAUUGGGAGGGAAAUUAGCACGCAGGUGGCUGCUCUCACGUCGGAGGACAAAGGGAGUGCGGAAAGCGAAACACCGGCGGUUGCCCCCAAGCCUGUGGAGAAGCCAUUAGAGAAGUCGGUGGAGCCGCCAGCGGAGAAGCCGAUGGACUACGCAUCCCGUGACGCGAAGCCAGCGCCGGUGUCGACAAAAGACAAGGACUCGGAGCCUGCACCGGCCCCUGUCCCACUCUCUGAGCCUCUAGUAAACGGCAGCGACCUUACCGACGACAUGCAUCCGCAAAGCAACGGCGCGAGCGACCACGGCAACCACUCGCCCGCUGCCGCCGCUGAGCCCCACGUUGCCGGUGCCUCGACGCCUGAUCUGGCCAAACAAUCGCUCACUCGCGUCGACAACCACAACCACCAUUCGGGAACGCCAGAGCCGGAGUUGCGGAUGGGUCGGUGUGGGAGCAUGGGCUUCGAUGACCCGAUGUUUUUGGAGGAACCGUCGUCGCCUAUUGCGUCCAAGGUUGCGAGGUCGAAAACCACCUUUGUGCGGCGAUGAAAGGCCUUUUAGCUAUAUCUACCAUCCACUGAAACACGUGGCUCUCGGGUGUUAGGAUGAAUGGGCGUUAAUCCUCUUAAUGACACCCGAUGGUAUAACACACAUAAUCAUCAUUGCCAUCAGAAGCACCAUAGCAUUGAUAUCCCCACCUAAUGCACAUAAUCGAAUACACAACCACGACCCGCCGCUGGAUCUGUCAUA